GAAUUAAUUUAUUCACUUUAUCUCUAAAACAUUGCUAACAUGUCCUUAUAUGUCUGGCUAUACUAUGGCCGGAUAGCUUUUCCCAAAGAAAAAAAAAUUCAUUCAAGUAAUUACUUAUAUGGUUGUACCCGCAAUUGAAAGGUAGUUAGAUCGCCACGAGCUUCAUAUAGUACUUAGCUGACUAUUUCUUCCACGCAUUAGACAUUCUUGGUGGUUGUUACAAUCCAUAAAUACCAGUCUUCUUGAAAGAAAUCUAGUGAAAGAAAAGCAUGGGAUUUAAAUUGCACAUUGGUGUUCUUGCAUUUCCUUUCGGAACACACGCUCCCCCCUUACUGGCCCUGGUGCAGAGGCUGGCCGCCUCCGCACCAGACGCAUUGUUCUCUUUCUUCAACAGUGCGACCUCUAACGCCGCGCUUUUCAACACGUCGUAUGAUAACAUACGGCCAUGCGACGUGUGGGACGGCACUCCCCACGGCGAGGCCUUCACCGGUUCGCAUUUCGAGGCGGUGGGCUUGUUCCUGAAAGCCUCGCCGGGUAACUUCGACAAGGUUAUUCAAGAGGCGGAACAUCAAAGUGGCCUCAAAAUCUGCUGCUUAAUAACUGAUGCGUUUCUGUGGUUUGCCUGUGACAUGGCUGAGAAAAGAGGGGUGCCAUGGCUGCCCUUCUGGACUGCUGCUUCCUGCUCGCUCUCCUCACACCUCUACACUGAUCAGAUCGUCAAAGCAAUUCAAUCAACAGAAACGGCGAAACAAGAUAAAGCUCUGUCCUUCAUCCCUGGAUUGGAAAUGGUGACCACGAGCGAUCUCCCGCCGGAGGUUUUCCUGGACAACAGUCCGUCGCCGCUGGCAAUUACGAUCAACAAAAUGGUCCAACAGCUCCCAAAAUCCACCGCCGUCGUCUUGAAUUCGUUCGAAGAAAUCGACCCGAUCAUCACCAAAGACCUAAAAUCGAAAUUCCGCCAUUUCCUCAACGUCGGCCCUUCGAUUCUCGCGUCGCCCGCACGCGCCGCCCCCGACGACAAAACAGGAUGCUUAUCAUGGCUGGGAAGCCAAAACCGCCCUAAUUCAGUAGUCUACAUCAGCUUCGGCACCGUGAUCACGCCGCCGGAAAACGAGCUGGCGGCGCUGGCCGAAGCCCUAGAAACAUGCGGAUUCCCAUUUCUGUGGUCGCUGAAGGAGCACGCGAAGAAAUCCCUCCCAACUGGAUUCCUCGAGCGCACGAAUUCCUUGGGGAAGAUCGUGGCGUGGGCGCCGCAGCAGCAAGUUCUCGCGCACGAAAAUGUGGGCGUGUUCGUCACCCACUGCGGCUGGAACUCCAUCCUGGAGAGUAUCUCGAGCUGCGUGCCGCUGAUUUGCAGGCCGUUUUUCGGAGAUCAGAUGCUGAACAGCAGGAUGGUGCAGGAUUCGUGGAAAAUCGGGGUGAGGGUUAAAGGAGGCGUCUUCACCAAGAGCGAGACGGUUGAGUCUUUGCGCGAGUUGAUGACAACGGAGAAAGGGGAGAAGAUGAGGGAGAAUGUUGGUGUGCUCAAAGACAAGGCUAUGGCUGCCGUUGAACCACAAGGGACUUCGUCUAAGAAUUUCAUCAAAUUGUUGGAGAUAAUCCGAGCGCCCGAGAGCCGUUGAUUGCUCCCUCAUUUCUACUGUUAUAUGUUACAAAUAAUCAAUAAUAGAGGCAAGAUUUUAGUGGGUGUGUUGGUCUCGCUUAAUAUUUUAGGAUUCAGGUUUUAAAUUCGAGCCUAUCUUGCCAAGUCUUUAAUUUUAUGUAAUUUAUUUAUUUUUUAAAUGACUUAGAGGCAAGAUUAUUAAAUGCA